AUGCCUCCCCGCAGGUCGCGUUCUUCAACCAUCUCCUCCAACAGCCCUAUCCAGCCUGACCUUCCUUUCCGUCGCCCCCGGCCCCGCCGUAACAACUCACUCGUCGAUCGCAAUCUCGCCGCAAUCCGCAACAUCAACGUCGACUCGAGUGACGUGUCGGUCGACCCUGUCUCUUCCCCCACAGUCACCUCGUUCUCGGGCCACUACAGUCCCGUGCGCGGUUCGAGGUCAUUUACUGUUGAGAGCGAGCAGAGUGAAGGCCCUGACUGGCAGCCAGAGAGCUCUCCAGCACUCAUUCGCCGCCGUCGAGGAGAAAGUGGCGUUUCGAUCGGGAACGGGGCCGAACUUAGCCAAGUGACAACGGCCAAAGGCCACCCAUGGACGUCGGACGACCUCGAGCGCCUGUAUCGCACGGUCAAGAUGACGCGGCGUGACCUCGGGUGGUCAACUGUUGGUGAUCGUAUUGGCGACCGUACCGCAGGAGAGUGCACGGCCAAGUGGAAGGAAAUGGAGGGACGGAUUAUUGGAUUCAUUCGCAGCAUGGGCCAGGCAGGCAACGCUGGAGACGCGGACGAGAGCGCGAGCGAGGAAAACGAUGACCGCUUCGGCGACGAUGAGUGGGAGGUCGACGAGCCUGUCAGUGACUACUUUGAGGACGAGGAGGAUGAGGUUGGGCACAAAGUGGAGAAUGGGAGAGCUGUGAUGAAAUUGAAGAGGACUGCUAAUAAGAGCUAA